GGGCCGAGCGGCGGGGCUGGGCCGGGCCGGGCCGGGCAAGGGGGCACGGACGGGCGGAAGAUGGCGAAUGUGGGGCUGCAGUUCCAGGCGAGCGCCGGGGACGCGGACCCGCAGAGCCGGCCCCUGCUGCUGCUGGGGCAGCUGCCCCACCUGCACCGCGUGCCCUGGAGCCACGUCCGCGGGAAGCUGCAGCCCCGGGUCACCGAGGAGCUCUGGCAGGCCGCUCUGAGCACACUCAACCCCAACCCCACGGACAGCUGUCCCCUCUACCUGAACUACGCCACUGUGGCGGCCCUGCCCUCCAGGGUGAGCCGGCACAACAGCCCGUCGGCCGCCCACUUCAUCACCAGGCUUGUGCGGACCUGCCUGCCGCCCGGAGCCCAGCGGUGCAUCCUGAUGGUUUGUGAGCAGCCUGACGUCUUCGCCUCCGCCUGUGCCCUGGCCCGGGCCUUCCCGCUCUUCACCCACCGCUCAGGGGCGUCCCGGCGCUCAGAGAAGAAGACAGUCACCGUGGAGUUCUUCCUGGUGGGACAAGACAACGGACCGGUGGAAGUGUCCACGUUGCAAUGCUUGACGAAUGCCACAGAAGGUGUGCGGCUGGCAGCCCGCAUCGUGGACACACCUUGCAGUGAGAUGAACACAGACACCUUCCUUGAGGAGAUUAGCAAAGUUGGAAAAGAGCUGGGGAUCGCCCCAACCAUCAUCCGGGAUGAGGAGCUGAGGACAAGAGGAUUUGGAGGAAUCUAUGGUGUUGGCAAAGCUGCCAUCCACCCCCCAGCACUGGCCGUUCUCAGCCACACCCCAGAGGGAGCCACACAGACCAUCGCCUGGGUGGGCAAGGGCAUUGUGUAUGACACCGGCGGCCUCAGCAUCAAGGGGAAGACCACCAUGCCGGGGAUGAAGCGAGACUGCGGAGGUGCCGCAGCCAUCCUGGGGGCCUUCAGAGCCGCCAUCAAGCAGGGCUUCAAAGACAACCUCCAUGCCGUGUUCUGCUUGGCCGAGAACUCGGUGGGGCCCAAUGCGACAAGGCCUGAUGACAUCCACCUGCUGUACUCAGGGAAAACUGUGGAAAUCAACAACACGGAUGCUGAGGGCAGACUGGUGCUGGCGGACGGUGUGUCCUAUGCCUGCAAGGACCUGAGUGCUGACAUCAUCCUGGACAUGGCCACGCUGACGGGGGCGCAGGGCAUCGCCACGGGGAAGCACCAUGCUGCAGUGCUCACCAACAGCGCCCAGUGGGAAGCGGCCUGCGUGACAGCCGGCAGGAAGUGCGGGGACCUGGUGCACCCGCUGGUGUACUGUCCUGAGCUGCACUUCAGCGAGUUCACCUCGGCCGUGGCUGACAUGAAGAACUCAGUGGCGGACCGAGACAACAGCCCCAGCUCCUGCGCUGGCCUCUUCAUUGCCUCACAUAUCGGCUUCGACUGGCCCGGGGUCUGGGUCCACCUGGACAUCGCUGCCCCUGUGCAUGCCGGUGAGCGAGCCACGGGCUUCGGCGUGGCGCUCCUGCUGGCGCUCUUUGGCCGUGCCUCUGAGGACCCUCUGCUGAACCUGGUGUCCCCGCUGGGCUGUGAGGCAGACACACAGGAGGGCGACGUGGGAAGGGACUCCAAGAGACGCAGGCUCGUGUGAGGGCGUGGCCCCUGCCUCAGCCCACUACGCAGGCUCUUAUACCUCACUUUGCACUGAUUAAUUUUAAACAAUUGAAAGAUUAUACCUUAAGUGAGUUUGGGUUUGUUUUUUGUUCGUAACUGUGGUGGUGAUGGAAACAGCUCGUUCCCAUGCCUUGGAAGACAGCUGAGGCAUUGGUGCGGCCACCAGGAAUGGGCCACAGAACGUCGGGUUUGUUUCUGCCUGAGCUACCUGCAGGCCUCGCUUGCCAGCUUCUGCAGACCGUGCUGCCCCUGACCUCUGGCGCCACCUUGUCCCUGGGACCUCCUGCCCCCACCAGUGCGGUGGCAGGUGCCUACGCACCACUCUCUGGCCCCGGGUCCUGCAGAUGGCACCUGUGCUGCAGAGAGCCCAGGCUCUUGCUCCAGUGGGGCCACCAGCACAUCCAGCCUGCCCACUGCUUUGACACAUGGAGAUGACCAGCCACGGGACCCAAUUUGACUGAGCAAGAGGAGUCAUGCUCCAACCCUCAGAGGUUGAAUUAAAUACAGCCACACCACAA